AUGAACGACCAAACCCUAUCAACAUACUCCUCGAACGAGGAAGGUCUAACUGUCUUCAAGGAACUCCAUAGUCAGAUAGACAGCCUGGAUGUUGCCGCAGAAUUCCUGUCUCUCGUCCUCAAAGCCUCAUUCUCGAAGGCUGAAAGGCCAGUCGACGAGGAUUUCACGGCGAUUACUCACUGUCACGAGCUCCUCGUUGCCCAGCCUCAACUAUAUCAUGCCAUUCAACAGGCAAGGUUGGAGGAUAACUUGGCGUUGGUGACGGAUUCCCCUUUUACCCCACCUUUGAUCUCCGCGACUUCGCGUCUGUAUCUAAACGCCUUUCGUCCAAGAAUGAACAUUGCAACUGAGGGUAGACUUCUUGGAGCUUGGGAGUUGCGAAAACACACCAAAUACACGAGCGAGAGAACACUGACGUUUUUAGACUCCCUCAAGCUAUACCAAUGUUCGGAAUCCCUUCCUAUCAUCCUCCAUAACUUAGGGGGGUUCUUGAACGAUGAUAUAUUGAAGGAUCGUCUCUCAAGGUUAUUUACUCCCACAAACAAAUUCCUCGUCAAUGCAUCUGGAACCGGCAAGACUCGGUUGUGCUACGAAGGACUUUGCUAUAAGUGGGGUUUUUACUUCAGCUUCCACAUAGACGACAGUCGCCUUGGGUCACUCGACUUGCAUAUCCUGCUCCCUGAAACUCGGAAUGCAGAAUAUAUUGACGGUGAAUUGCCACAGAGAACAGAAGCUCUUACCAUUACUUUUCGUGCCAUCCUUUUGGCUCGGCUGUUGGUAUUCUUGUCAUUCCUCGAAGCCGCGGCCGUUGAGGAGGGUCAUAUAGCUGAUGAAAUGAAGAAGCGAUGGCUCAUCCUGCAGCUCGUGCCAGAUAGUCUCCCCGAAGCAGGGAAGAUGGCCGACAUUUUUAAGGACCUUGCAAGAAUGCUGGCAGCACACGACUCGCCCUCCCUCGCGUGGAACAUAGAUGUAGCCCUGCGCAAGAUUCGCACCUUUAUCGGAGAUGAAUCUUUGUUCCUUGUCUUGGAUGAAGCCAGUUAUGCCGUUAAUAUGUUCUCCCAUGACCUAGAAGGCGGCUCCUUCUUGCAAGUUGCUCUUCAGGUCUGGGGAGACGCGACAGAGGGGCAGUGUCCAAUCAUUUGUGCGGGCAUUAAAAUACCUCAGGAACGGUUCAAAGACGGCCCGGGCAGUGCUUUCGCGUGGACUUCAGAUACUGGUGGAUUUAACGACCCUCUUCAACAAGAACAAUAUGUGGCUCAGUUUCUGCCUCCUAAUUUCCGUGAUUCGCCUGCAGGGCGUUUUCUCAUAGCGAGGACGUGGCGUUGGCUACGUGGAAGGCAUCGUUUUACCGCAAUGUUUGUGGAAAUUCUGCUAUAUGAAGGCAUCGAAUUCCCGCACGCGUGUUUGGACAAAUAUAUCCAGCACGCACUUUCUUUUCAAGCCGCUGACGCCCUCGACUUGGUGGAAGCUGAAGGGAAACCGCCCAGGUGGGAGAAAGGUUUCUAUCCAAUCAAAGUCCACAGAGAGUCGGAGGAGAACAAGAACUUGUUUCUUCAGAUCCUGUGGCGUUACAUGGCGACCCAUAACGUCGCACCGUUGCUGGGUGGUGAUCAAGUCGUCCUAAUGUAUGACGACUUGGCGCGCUUUCACGAUACGGAGUUGACAGAAAUUGCACUCGAUGAACCGAUACCCCUUCUCGUCAUCGCAAGGACUUUGUUCCCCUUUCCGACCAAACCAAGUCCAGGCAAGCCCAACGAGAAUCCGGCGACGUUCAUUCGCAGUCUCCGUCGAAAUAUUCCUCGGACACCGGAAUCUCUCGCGCAUUGUCUUGUGUUUUAUCUUACACAGGCCCUCGGCAAGGGCAAGGGCCUCGACCAAAUCUUCUCCUUUUCACCUGGGCCUCCGGAAUGGGCCAAACAAGCCGCAACCCUUGUUCGUUUCUAUAGAACGGAGUCAGAUGAGAUAGCCUGGUCGCCAGUAGCCGCAGACGACUUCGAAUCUUUUCGACCACUAGCACAUCAUACUGCUUCUGUGGAGGAAACUCUUUCAUGGCUGGAGCAUCGGGUUGGCACCGCAUUUUGUUUACCGCAUUCUUCAAACGCCGACUUGGUAUUUGCCAUUCAACUGGCAGAUGGAACCUUUACCUGGGUUGUACUCAAAGCGAUGGUUACCGAAGAGCCUGUGCAACCAGCGGAGCUGCUGACAAUCCUGUCUUCACUCCAAGUUGGCAAUUUAUUCAAGGACGCUGACGCUGACGACACCACUCGAUCUCAAUUCCAGCGCGCAUUUGAUGCACUCCCCAAUUCCGGCAGCUGCGAAGUUCUGCGUGCAGUUUGUGCUUUUCCAAUCGAGAUACCUGCUGAUUCUGCCGAUCUUCAUGGCGAUUUUGACACUGCUGCCAUUGUUAACAUUUCUGCCCUCGAAUCGCGCUCCUAUCAAGCCAUGCAGACGGACUUUUUCGCCGCGAUCGUCGCAGGUGUUCUUGCUGGUCAUAAACGCAGGUCGCCGUGGGAAAGCAGCGACGAAAACACACUGCAGACGAGUCGGAAACGAAUGAAGUUGAAGCAUUUCCACCCCGACGAACAGCCGUAUGUCACAUGGCCGCAGGCGUGGUGGGACGGGCCAAUUGUGGAUGACGAGGAGGAAGUUGAAGCGGUCGACGAGGCACCGGUUCAAACCAAAAAAUCAGCGACACGCGGCAAGGGGAAGAAGAAAGCGGAGGCAUCAAUGAAACGAGAGACCAAAGCCGCUCCAUCUAAAGCUCACAAGUUGUCUGCCGAGAAGACUAUUCGUAGCAGGCAAAAGAUGCCUCAGAGGUCAACGGCCACGGAUGUUAGUGCCGUACCUGAGCCUCAUGCUGAGGGGAGCAAGAAUCCUCGUCCGAAACGCAAGGCGUCACCUGUCGAUGAACCCGAUGUCACUGUAGAUUUUGACAGAACUCCAGCACACAACACGCGCAGUCGAGCGAAGAAAAACAAGACAUGA